CGGGCUGGCCAAUGGGAGCCGCGCCCAGGCCAGCGGGGCUGCCCGUCGCGGAAGGGCUAAGGUGGCGGAGGCGAAGGCGCAGGCCGUGGGAGCCGCUCGCAGGCAGGUGACUAUGAAAGGCUUAUAUUUUCAACGAAAUUCUACAAAUGAAGAAAUUACAUUUGUAUUUCAAGAAAGGGAAAAUCUUCCUGUUACAGAGGAUCAUUAUGUGAAACUUCAAGUGAAAGCUUGUGCUCUGAGCCAGAUAAAUACAAAGCUUCUAGCAGAAAUGAAGAUGGAGAAAGAUUUCUUUCCUGUUGGGAGAGAAAUUGCUGGAAUUGUGUUAGAUGUUGGAAGCAAAGUAUCAUUCUUUCAACCAGAUGAUGAAGUAGUCGGAAUUUUACCCCUGGAUUCUGAAGACCCUGGGCUUUGUGAAGUUGUUAGAGUACAUGAGCAUUACUUAGUUCACAAACCAGAAAAAGUAACGUGGACAGAAGCCGCUGGAACGGUUCGGGAUGGUGUGCGCGCCUACACGGCUCUGCAUUAUCUUUCUUAUCUUUCUCCUGGGAAGUCGGUGCUGAUCAUGGACGGAGCAAGUGCACUUGGCACCAUAGCCAUUCAGCUGGCACAGCACAGAGGAGCGAAAGUGAUCACGACGGCACAGAGCCUGGAAGACAAGCAGUGUCUGGACAGACUGCGGUCUUCUGUAGCCCGAGUCAUUGAUGUAUCUAAUGGCAAAGCCCAUGUUGCUGAAAGCUGUUUAGAAGAAACAGGUGGACUGGGAGUAGAUAUUGUCCUAGAUGCUGGAGUGAGAUUAUAUAGUAAAGAUGAUGAACCAGCCGUAAAAUUACAGCUGCUGCCACACAAACAUGAUAUCAUCACCCUUCUUGGCGUUGGAGGUCAUUGGGUAACAACAGAAGAAAACUUGCAGUUGGACCCUCCAGAUAGCCACUGCCUUUUCCUCAAGGGAGCAUCGGUGGCUUUCCUUAAUGAUGAAGUAUGGAAUCUGUCCAAUGUGCAACAGGGGAAGUAUCUUUGCAUCUUGAAGGACGUGAUGGAGAAGCUGUCAGCCGGCGUGUUCAGGCCUCGGCUGGACGAGCCCAUUCCCCUGUACGAGGCGAAAGUCUCCAUGGAAGUUGUUCAGAAAAAUCAAGGAAGAAAAAAGCAAGUUGUUCAGUUUUAAUUGUGUUCUAUCUCCGACCUCGGUUGGAUGAACCCCGAUCCGGUGCCCGAAGCCAGAGUGUCCUUGGAAAUUGUUCAGAGAAGUCAAGGACGAUGAAAGCAAGUUGUUCCGGCUUGGGGUUUUUUGGGGGGUAUUUUUGGUUUUUUGGUGUUUUGUUGUUUUUUUUUUUUAAGCACAACCUUCCCGCCGAGGGGCGAGGCUCAGAGUUACUUGAAGUUUCUGAAAAAGCGCUGCACAGUCGAGACUGUCCUGCGGGGAAUAUUCUGGAAGUCGUGCGCCUGCGCGGGGCCCGGCUCGGGCGCCCCGGGGUCCCCCAGCGCCCCGGGGUCCCCUCGCGCGUCAUCAAGCCGCUGAGACGCUCCUCAGGCUCCGCUGUCGUGAUUUGUCGUUUGCGUGUGGGUGCGCGUCGCGCGGCUCGAGCUCACAGACGCCUGAAGU